AUGGAAGCAUCGAUCUUAGCAUUAACGAUCGAACUGGAAUACAAUCGAGCAGUUGAAGAAGAUCAGAUCAAGAAGCAGCUCGGAAAGCAUCCUAUCGGAAAGAAGCUUCUCGCCACAGGAGCGGGAAUUCCCCAAAUCAAAGAAGCACUAAACGAUCGGCUCAAAGAGGAUCAAAUCAAGAGGAAGCUAUUGGAACUCCCCAUCGGAAGAAAACUUAUGGAUAAAGGAUGCAGCAUACAACAAAUUCAGAAAGCAGCACGAGAACUGGAUCAGAAGUCCAAGAACGACCAAUUCAGGAAGAAACUCACGGGUCGACUCAUUGGGAAAGAACUUAUCGACAGGGGAUUCAAGCCAUCCCAAAUCAAAGAAGCCGCAGACGUCCAGCUAAUGACGUUAAAAGAAGCAAGCAUCAAGAAGAAACUCCAAGGCCACCCAAUCGGGAAGAAACUUCUUGCUGCAGGAUUCGAAACAUCCGAAAUUAUGAAAGCAGCAGCGGAACGAGACGAGGAGCUAAAAAAGGAAGCCAAGCUCAAGGAGAAACUCCAGAAUCACCCCAUAGGGAAGAAACUUCUAUCCACAGGAUUGGCGAUCCCUCGGAUCAUGGAAGAAGUCAACAAACGAUUCGCUCGAUUGACGAAGCGACAGACUACAGUAUCAGCAGAUCGUCAAGAAGCACAGAUGAAGGAACUCGAUCAAGAAUCCUCACGGACAUCCACUACAAGCAAACGAUCGAGCAACCCUAAUCGGGAACGAACGGACUCACACGUCAGGAAUCAGAAGGCAACCACGGACACUUCUCCAAGCAAGACCUAUUCGGAACGGUCGUGGACGAAGCCACAGAGCAAACCCUCAGACAGCGCAAAUUGGCGCACUCAGGCAUACCAGGAACUGCAAAGGCAGACAAAUCGUGGUUUGGCAUGGCCAAACAAACGACGGUGA